AUGACAUUUCAAUUCGAUUUGAUGUAUAAAACCAUGUAUGUGGGAGUCGGCUUAGCUUUUAUCGUUUUCUUCCCUUUACCAAGAAUAAUAAGAAAGCCUUUAGUAAGAGGAUUGGAGAAAAUAUUCAACAACUCAAUCUUUUCCAAGGUUUUAUAUUCAAUUUUAAGUUGGACACUAUUUUUAUUUGUGAGUGCUGUCAGUGAGAAUCUUGACUUGGGCAAGGAGCUUGUUGGAUAGAAGGCUUAAAGAGAUUCAUAUGCUUCAGGCACCUCUCAAUAUGAGUUGGAAAAGACCGUGAAUUAAACAAGAAUGAAGAUGUUUUAUUCUUAAAGAAAUAUUUAUUUGACUCUAUUCAAUCUUAUCAUUUUCGGAGCUAUAUUUACUUAUUUGAAGAGUUUGGUGAAGUAUGAUGAACAAUUGGAUAAGGAGGACAAACUUAAGAAAUAAAUAAAUGUUCCAAAAGGAGCUGUAGGAAAUGUAAAAUAAUGA